GCGUCGUGUGCGCGCCCGCAGGCGCAGUGACGGUUGAGCGGCUGGUCCGGUGCGGCGGUGACAAUGACGGGGCCUCUGGUGGCGGCGCCAACUACAGUCUCAGUGAUGCGAAGGUUAUGAACGUCUGUGAACGUGACCAGGCCUUGAGUUGUCCUUGUCCAGUUUGCACAUACCAACCACGGAGGGACAGAUUAGACCAACUGUGUGCAGAGUCACCAUUUAUCUUCAGAGCGACAUGUCUGGGGACACCUGCUUAACCUCACCUGGUCCUUCCUCCGGAGCCAAACCCAAGGCCAUCAGCUUCAAAGGAGGAAGCAUGGGGAACAAAUACAUCAGGUUAAACGUCGGAGGCUCGCUGUACUAUACCACCGUUCAGAUUCUGACCAGACACGACACCAUGCUGAAGGCAAUGUUCAGUGGAAGAAUGGAAGUCCUGACUGACAAAGAAGGUUGGAUUCUUAUUGACCGCUGCGGGAAACAUUUUGGCACAGUUUUGAACUACCUGAGGGAUGAUUCUAUUAUUCUUCCGAAGAGUAAGCGGGAAAUAAAGGAACUGUUGGCAGAGGCCAAAUAUUACCUCAUUCAAGGCUUAGUCGAUGUCUGUCAGACAGCAUUGCAGGACAAGAAUGAGUGCUGUGAAGUAGCUUGCACGAUCCCCAUGAUAACGUCUCCCAAGGAGGAAGAGAGACUAAUUGAAAGUUGCGCUAAGCCGGUGGUGAAGCUGCUACACAACAGGAGCAACAACAAGUAUUCCUACACUAGCAAUUCUGAUGACAAUUUGUUGAAGAACGUGGAACUAUUCGACAAGCUAUCCUUGAGAUUUAACGGAAGGGUGCUUUUUAUGAAGGAUGUCUUGGGAGAUGAGAUUUGCUGCUGGUCGUUUUACGGGAAGGGUCGCAAGCUCGCUGAGGUUUGCUGCACCUCCAUUGUGUAUGCAACCGAAAAGAAACAAACCAAGGUUGAAUUUCCUGAAGCAAGAAUUUACGAAGAGACAUUGAAUGUCUUGCUUUAUGAAACGCCACGUGUACCUGAUAACUCACUGUUGGAAGCCACUAGUCGAACGUCUGCUCAAGCGUCACACAGUGAAGACGAGGAGGCAUUGGAAGUUAGGGAUCGUGUGCGUAGAAUACACGUGAAAAGGUACAGCUCGUAUGAUGACAGACCACUCGGACACCAGGCUGCCUACAGAGACUAAACCCGUACCGGAUUCUUGGGAAUGGCAUUAUUUACAAUUUUUUUUUUAAUUGUGUGCUUAUGGUCACCAUGGUGCAGGAUGAUAACUGACUGGCAGAUGGGAAACCUCUGUAUUUGUUGUAUAUUAAUUUUCACUUUUCUGUAAAACAAGCCUCGAAAUACAUCUCAAAACUUGCGUAUGAAUUUCCCUUCAUUAUGGAUGAUCCUUCUAUUGAUGCUUGGUAUGUCCAGAAAUCUGAAAUCCAAAGUAAUGUGAUGUGGUUCCGAACCUGAAUAGCUUGAGGCAGUGGGAAUUUGUACACUUGCCAUUGAAUGGUCAUCCUCUUGUGACCAUGUCAUUUGACAGAGAGGGGACAAAAUUUCCGCCACUCCCAGGAGGUUGCUGCACGUUUGCUUGAACCUGCGGAGGCUCGUGAUCACGUGGCCUCCCGUUUCCGCCACUGUUUGAUUCUGGCUAUGUUUCACAGGGAAGUCCGCAUGUGCUCCUGAGCUGAGAUAUCUGCUGAUUCCACACUUUGUUCUCAUUCCUGCUAUGUGUUUGUCAGUAUUGUAUCACGUUUACUUCCAGCGCCAUUGAGGAAGAGUUGACCUGGACCCUUGGAGUGUUUCAGUCAAAAGCUGCUGUAUGUGAAGCACUCCUUUUUUGGGGAUAUGAAUUAGAGAGAAGGCGAUGCGUAAUUUUCAUUUCUUACUACAUCUCUCUCCAAGUAUUCUUUCAAAUCAAUGGCCAUUGCAAAUGAAUAUUUUAGACGCAAUGUGUUUUAGUGCAGUUAACACCAUUUGGGACUGAAUUGUAUUCACAAGCAUUAGAAUUUUGGAUUAAUAUUAAAACAUUCCACCUUUGUUACAAGCCUGUCAAAUGUGGCAGCGUAUUUGUGGUGAAACAUUUUACAUGUUUUUAAUGCAAUUUGUUCAGAUUUCUUUUGUUAAUGUGCAGCAUGGGAUGAUGAUGAUUAACAUUUCCACCUUUAAUAUAAUGGUAGCACAGGUAUUUGUCGGUGACAAUAUAUUUUGACUGGACUGCAAUGUUACAAUGUUAAAUUUCUGUUUGUGUAUUUAUGUACCCGUUGUGUUUUUCUGGACUGGGAUGCUUAAAAUUAUUUUGUACCAUUUUGGGCAGAAUAGUGAUGUGUCUAACAUUUGCCUGAAGUAAACCUUCAGUUUGUUUUACUAAUGUAAUUUGACUGAAAUCGUAUUAAAAUAACAUGCAACAUCAA